GACGUCGCCAUUAUAAAGGCGGGAAGGAGGAAGCCGGCCGCCAUUGGGUCGUGAGGGGGAAUUUGAAGGGAGUAGCAGUGGUGGAAGCAAACAGCCACUCUCAUCACAGAGAGACUCUCCUCUCCUCACAGAGACUCUCAUCACAGAGAGACUCUCCUGAUUCACAGCGACUCUCCUCACAGAGACUCUCAUCACAGAGAGACUCUACUCAGAGAGUCUCAUCACAGAGAGACUCUCCUCACAGAGAGCGACUCUCCUCAGACAGUCUUCUCACGGAGAGAGCCUCUGCUCACAGAGAGAGACUCUGCUCACAGAGAGACUCUCAUCACAGAGAGACUCUCCUCACAGACAGUCUCCUCACAGAGAUACUCUCAUCACAGACACUCCUCACAGAGAGACUCAUCACAGACAGUCUCCUCACAGAGAUACUCUCAUCACAGACACUCCUCACAGAGAGCGACUCUCCUCACAGACAGUCUCCUCACUCACAGCGACUCUGCUCACAGAGAGACUCUCCUCAGAGAGUCUCAUCACAGACGAGGGUGACGAGGUGGAGUCUUAAGACGAGGUGGAGUCUUAAGACGACGACGCGGAGGAAGAGGAGGAGGAGGAGGUAGACGAGGUAGAGGAGUCGUAGUAGCCGCCGCGAUGCCUUCCCUGCUGUGCUGUGGGCCCAAGCUGGCAGCUUGCGGAAUCGUGCUCAGCAUUUGGGGCAUCGUCAUGCUGGUGCUACUGGGUGUGUUCUUCAAUGUCCACUCGGCUAUCCUCCUGGACGAUGUCCCUUAUGACCCAGCGGACAUUGAGAAGGACCAGAUUGGGCCUGUCCACGCUGCGUUUGAGCAAGUUUCCUACAACUGCUUCAUCGCUGCCGCACUCUACGUGGGCCUUGGGUUGUGGGCCCUGUGCCAGGCGCGGCUCAACAAGCGGCGGCAGUACCUGCACGACUAGUGGGGGGGUGGUGGUGGUGGGGGGGUGG